CUGUUUCCUCCUACUUUCUCUCUUACUCUCACCCGAACUUUAGAAGAAAAAACCCUCAAAGAUGGCCAUUUCAUGAUAUUAUAUUGCAUUAUUUUUGCUUAAGAAAUAUCUUAUACACACACACACACACACUCUUUUUCUCUCUCAAGUUUCUGAGCAUGUCGAAUCCAGACCCGAAGGUAGCUAAAGAUGAUGAAGAAGAAGAAGGGAUCAAAUUUGAUAUCAUUAAAUCAUCCGCGUUGGAUUGUCACGAAACUACACCCACUUCUUCAUUGUUCCCCACAAAACGAGAAGGAGAAGAAGAAGAAAUGAAGGUUGCAUCAGCUCGAAACGAAGCCAAAGAGAAGAAGAAAGAAGAACUGGGUGCCGGUGACGUUAACGACGACGACAAUGAUGGGUUCAAAACUCCGACAUCCUUGGAACAUAAAAUCCCAGAGCCAAAAAAAUGUCCUCCGGCACCUAGAAGACGAAGGCCGCUCAAAAGAAAACCAUCGCCUACCCGUCGUUCUAAUGCUGCACUCGAGGUCAGGAUCAGGAAUCUUCUGCAACUGCAGCUCGAUGUUUCGAAACAGGUCAAGAAAGCUCGAACACAAGAGAAUCAAUGAUUCUGAUUUAAUUGUAAUUAGCAGUAUUUUUAGAUUAAAAUGAAAACCCCAAUUUUGUUUCUGUGAUGAUGAUGAUGAUACUGCUAGUGGAGUUAGUGGUGGUACAUAAGGAAGCUUAUGAUGCAAUGCUGGUGUAAAGUUAAAAGUAAAUGGAAAAAGAAGAGAUGGGUACAUGUUUAUAUAUGGGAGAGUUUUUGUAAACUUUAUUUUGGCAGCUUCUUUUGUAGUCAAGGUGUUAUGUUUUGUGUUUAAAAGGAGUAGAAUUUGUUCCUAC